CGUCUUGCUAGCUCUAAGGCUCACACUUCGAGAUUCAUCAGUGCCAAUCUUCCAUGUAAUAAAUUCAAAAAUCGCCUUGUCAAUAUUAUGCCAUAUGAGUCUACAAGGGUAUGCUUGCAGCCAAUCCGAGGAGUAGAAGGCUCUGAUUAUAUUAAUGCCAGUUUCAUUGAUGGAUACAGACAACAAAAAGCUUACAUAGCUACACAGGGUCCUUUAGCAGAAACAACUGAAGACUUCUGGAGAAUGCUCUGGGAGCAUAACUCUACAAUUGUGGUCAUGCUCACUAAGCUACGAGAAAUGGGCAGAGAAAAAUGCCACCAGUACUGGCCUGCGGAGCGCUCAGCCAGAUACCAGUAUUUUGUCGUAGAUCCAAUGGCAGAGUACAACAUGCCACAGUAUAUUCUGAGGGAAUUCAAGGUUACAGAUGCAAGGGAUGGCCAGUCCCGCACAGUGAGGCAGUUCCAGUUCACUGACUGGCCAGAACAAGGAGUGCCAAAGUCUGGAGAAGGAUUUAUUGACUUCAUAGGCCAAGUGCAUAAAACAAAAGAGCAGUUUGGUCAGGAUGGACCAAUUUCUGUUCAUUGCAGUGCGGGUGUUGGAAGAACUGGAGUAUUCAUAACCCUGAGCAUUGUGUUAGAAAGAAUGAGAUAUGAAGGCGUUGUAGAUAUCUUCCAGACUGUCAAGAUGUUAAGGACACAGCGGCCUGCUAUGGUACAGACAGAGGAUCAAUACCAGUUCUGCUAUCGAGCCGCACUGGAAUAUCUGGGCAGCUUUGAUCACUAUGCAACAUAAAAACCCAUUGUGGAUUUUUAUUGCAGGCCCUUUAAGAUCCGGAGAGCCGCUUCUGAGCCAUACGAGUGCUUUAGAAGUACUUCUUAACUCUCAGCUAAGGAGCGAUUAUUGGGGAUAUAUAAAAUAAAAAACAAAU